CAGCGUGAGACGUCGGAGUUGCCACAGGACUGCUAAUCUCCUUCCUCUCUCCUUUUCUCUUGGACAAACACUCAUGACACGGUGGAUUUGAUUUCGCAGUGUGAUCCGGGGUUCUCCAAGGACCAGAAUCUCCUUUUGGUCACCUCCCUCCCUCCUUCCUCCUCCUCCCCUCCUCCCUCCUGCCAUCUCUGCGGCGGUUGCCAUGGAGAACUCUUCAGUGGCGUCUGCAUCAUCUGAGGCCGGAAGCACCCGCUCGCAGGAGAUAGAGGAGCUGGAGCGCUUCAUUGACAGCUACGUCCUGGAGUACCAGGUGCAGGGCAUUCUGGGAGACAAGCCAGACGGAGAAUUGGAGUUGGACAAUGACAGCAAAGAACCACAGUGGACAGAUGACUGCAUCAACCAGAGAGAUGGUAGUUGGACGUCAUCUCAGGGAAGAGGCUCUUCUAAACGUGACGAGUGGGAACACAGCAGCAAUGGCAGUACAGGAUCCAGACCCAGCUCAGGGUCCAGGCCAGGAUCCGGCUCCCGCUCUGGGAGCAGAGGCAGGAACAAUCAAUUUAAAGGAUCGCCUAAGAAUGGGAACAGAGAUGUCUCCUUUGACAUCCUGGGGACAGACAUAUGGGCAGCGAACACAAUGGACUCACGUGGAGGUGCCGGUUGGGACGUACAACCAGAAAAGCUGGAUUUCAGCCAUUUUCACAGGAAACCAAGAGGAAUGCCAAAGCAGCUGCCCCACAUUGACAGAGAGGGCAUGAGCACAAACACGUUUGCAGAAGACGAUGGAAUAGACAUGAAUGGCCUAGAGAGGUUUUUACCUCAUCUGUGCUCCGUCUUCCCACCCCUUCCUAAUGAGGCUGAGAUCGCUCACACCAAAAAGCUCUUCCGACGUAGGAGGAACGACCGACGGUUAUCACAUAACUGGAUAGAGCAAAGUUUGAUAUCCCACAUAACAUUUGAUCACUUCACCCGAGAGCAGUUAACUGUACUCCUGCCUACCGGUCCAGGGGAGAAACGACAAGUCUCAGCCAGGAGGCAGCAGCGACCUCAGGGAGGAGGAGGAGGGGGGAAGAACCAGUCUCAACAGAUACAGCCACAGUCUCCACAGAGGCAGAGGGAUCAAAGUCACCAGCAGUCCCCAAACCAGCAAGAGUUAAAUUUAAAUGAUCAGGGAGAAUACAGACACCACAAUGCUGGUCGACCACCUCGCCAGCACCAAGGAGGACAUGCUGGGCCUCGCCAAGGUGGACCACAGCAUCACGGUUACAGCCAGAACCGGCGUUGGCACCACAAUCAGAAAGGCCAGGGGCAUGGAGAGACAAACACUGUAGGCGAUAAAGAGGCAUCGCCAAGAACAACCAAAGAAACUGAGAAUGUGAGAGUGGGCGACGAGCAGAUCAGACAAGCUCAGGACUGCAACAACAGAAGUCCCAUUAAUUCACCCAGAUCUGCCCCCUCACCCAGUGCAACAGCUCUCCUAGACCCUACAGUAAGUAAGGAAGUCCUUAACAUUCAGCCAAGUGGGAAGGCAAGCGAUGGCCUGACAGAGCGGCCAAAAGUCAGUCUACUGCAGUCAUCAAAGGAGAGGCUGAGGAGGCGGCUAAAAGACAAGGAGGAGAUCCAUGCAGAGGAGUCCCAGUCCCGACCCCAGAACAUGGAUCGGCUGGUGGACCUUCUCAACAGCAUGAGGAGCAACAGCAGCGGCGUGGAACAGCAGCUAGCAUCCUUCAUGGAGGAGGCGCAGAGCUCGGCCCGGUCUGAGGAGUCGCUGGCUCAGGUGGUUGGAGCCAUUUACUCCAAGGCCGUGUCUGACCGAAGCUUCGCUGCAACGGCAGCCAGACUCUGCGACAAGAUGGCUCUGUUUAUGGUGGAGGGAACCAAGUUCAGAUCGCUGCUGCUCAACAUGCUUCAGAGAGACUUCUCCCGUCGUGAGGAGCUGCAGCAGACGGAUGUGGAGCACUGGUUGGGUUUCAUCACCUUCCUAUGCGAGGUGUUCAGCACCAUGAGGAGCAGCUCCGGCCAGCCUUUCAGGGUUCUGGUGUGCCCCAUCUUCACAUGUUUACGAGAGCUGCUUGAGUCAACAGAUGUUAAAGAGGAUGCGGUCCUUUGUUGCUCCUUGGAGUUGCAGAGCACAGGGCGUCUGCUAGAGGAGCAGCUUCCUGAGAUGAUGACGGAGCUCCUAGCAGCCGUCAGGGACAAGAUGCUGAGUCCGAGCGAGUCUCAGCUGACCCGCUCCCUCCUCAUGGAGGUCAUCGAGCUGCAUGCGCAUCGCUGGAGCCCCCUGGAAGCCAUCACCACACAAUACUACAACCGUACCAUCCAGAAGCUCACCACAACAGCCUAGCAGCCGGCUCCCACCCAUGCCCAAAGUCUACUUAAAAUAUUCCUUUGCAUUGUUGCUUGCCUGGAUGAUUUACUGUUAACCGUUUGCCGCUACUGAACUUGACAUUUCAUAAAACAGGUGGCGGUGGAUGGGGGCAAACCUCCAGAAAGCUACCAAACAUCCAUGUGACAAAAUGACAACACUACAUGUUGGUGAAGUCACAGAGUAUAGUGUCCUGAGCCGGGGGUGCGGGGGGGGCGUGCUUGGCCACACAGAAUCGGGGAGCUGACCGGGCUUUGGUGGUGCAGAGAUUAAAAGAGGGGGAGGAGAGGUCAGCAGCUUGUCCAUGGGGAAUAAAGAGAUCUGCAUGGUGGGGGGGGUCAGGGUGGUCUGUGUCAGUCUCUUAUUGUGUUCAUUCACCAAACCCCCCCCCCUCCCCUCCCUCAAUCUCUUUCUCCUCCAUCGCCUAUGUCUCCCCAGCAGCCCCUGGGGUUUUACUGGCUGAUAAAAGAGAGACAGGGGAGGCGGCGGGGCGCAGACACGGCGCUGUCUGUCUGUGCCGUCUGCCCCGCCGGGGUGGGGGACCAGGUCAUAGGGUCUUACAGGGGAGCUCCCCAUCCCGUCGCUACAUGCCCCCCCCCUCUAAGGGGAUGAGACAGCAGGCCUGCUGGGCUGGGCUGAGGAUCAGGCUCAGGCUGGCUGAAGUAGGGUGGCAGAUGGCUGCUCGGGCCCCUGUGAGGCGACACACUCCAAGCACACCCCGCCGUCGCCCCCGACUCCCCAUUAAAGCAGCAGAAACCCUGUAGUGACGUGGGCUGCAUCAAAACAUUGAAGCAGACGCUGCCGCCUGAUGAUUCCUUUGUUUUUUCGUCUUGCGGGGGAAUGUCUCUUGUCCUCCGCCCAGCAGUUCCUGUCCGUGCUUUAUUUACCACAGCAUUGAUUUUUGUUAUCCAUUUUUAAUCAUGUACUGUUUUUACCAUCAACGUCUCGUUUUUAUGCUAAAACAUAGAAGUAGACUCUAUUGCACAGCUUGGAUUCAUUUUGCACUGUUUCCAUGUCAUUUUGCUUUAUAUUUGGUAAUAAGCUCGGAGGAAAAAGUUCAAAUUUGAAGCAGUUGAGAGUAAAUAUUACACGGUUGUAGUAAAAGAAGGCGAUUGCACAGCGUGAGGGAGUUUAGGUUGUUCUAAUUGCCUAGUGGCCUUUGUUUUUUUAAUAGGACCUCUGUUUUUUUUCCUGGUUUGUCGGUUUCUUGGCAGACCGCAUGCUGACUAGCUGGACCUCAUCACAAACAUUUGUUUGCAGAAGGAGAAAACAAUAAUAUAAGGAAAACAACAGAAGCAUGGCUGCAGCCAGUGUUUCAUAGGAGUUGUGUUGGAUCUCGCUUUAAUUUGUCAAAUAACUAUUAUCCUGUGUAUUUAAAAAUCACUGCUAUGAGAGAAGAUAUUAUUAUUUGAAUGAUCUUUUCAUUUGUGAUCUUUUUAUUUUUCCAAGCUAAUGUUUGUAGCAUAGGAUUGAUGUAUCAACAAGCCAAACAUGCAUCAUGUUUAAAUGGGCUUUAUGUAUAAUCUGCGUUUAGGACUAGGUAUUUAACUAAAACGAAACGGAGCGAAAUGGUGCAGUGGAGCUGUUACACUAAAAAUGAAAACCGUCUCGCUACACUAACUCUUUGGAGCUGCUUUGGAGGUAUCCUUUGCAAAAAUGCACGCAAAUAGGUGCAAAUGUUGCAAUCAGAAAUAAACAACCCCCUCCUCACCAAUCCCUUAGCAAUGAUGUGAAUGGAAGUUAAAGAGAGUGGAAAUUUGUUAUUUUUGCACACAAAAGUGCCGCUCUUUUACCUACUAGAGUUUGUUCAACCCAUCCCCAGCCGGUUUUUUUAACUUCCAACUAAUAUUCUUGAGAUCUUAGCUUAUUCUGCUUGUUUCAGUGCGGCAGCUUGCCCCUUUUAACAUCUAAAGAGACUGUUACCAUGGGAUGCUGUAGGAUCUAGACAUCAUGAUGACCAGGGUUCAGAUUGCCAACAGACUGCCUCAUGGUUUUCCUUAAAUCAAUGACGCCAAUCAGAAACCAGCCCAACAUAGACAAAAAAAAUAACCCUUUUCAUGCUAGGCCAUAGCAGGGAUGUUCUUAAUGUUAUUAACCUGGCCUACAGCACUUCAGACAUACUACAGGUCUUGUUACAAUCAGACUGUGACUGUCUCCCAAACAUCAUCACUUCUAUCUAAAUCCUACUAAACCUUUUUCUUGUUAAUAGUGGAGUCUGCACUUGUAGUUCUCAUUUAUUCAGUGACUCAAGCAUUUAGACCAGACAUUUGUUGAGCUUGUCUUGCCAUUGCUUAGUUGUUUCUCCUUGUUGUCCUCUGAAAGUCACCAAGGCCCCUUAAUAAGAUGUUUCCUUUCACAGAUGGCAAGUUUUAGAAUUUCUCCCAAGGCUGGAAGAAAUAAACCGUCUUUCAGCCUUUAAGAAAGCUUCUUGUUUGCAAAUUCACCUUGGUGAAAAAGAAAUAGAGGAUAGCAAUAAAGAUUCCAAAGAGUUAAUUGAUUUACCUUUGUCAGAAUGCUUAAAAGUGUUACCAGAGCGUGGUCAUCCCUACAAAAUACAGUGUUACACUAAAAGGACAGUCAUCACAUAAUCACAGCCGAAUCGUCUUCUCUAGAAUCUUUUGUUUUGGGGGGGAGGGGUUGAACAUUUCUGAUGGCAGCAGUAAAUUUUCCCACUAAAUCUGUGGGCAGUUGAUGUUCUUUUUUUUAUCAUUUCUGUCUUGCAUCAAGAAUUCAGAUCCUGUGUGUUAGAAGCACACCCCCUCGAAAGAUUAGUGGGGUGUGUGGUGUUAGAGGUGCUUUAAAUAUUGUUUAUACAGUCGAAACCAGAGAUUUACUUACAGUAAGUAAAAAAAAAGAUAAAUGAAUCUAAGGUUUAGCGAAGAUAAAUAAAUUGGGUCAUUCUAGAUUAUUUAAUAUGGGAAAAAUAUAGUUUAAUUUAAUGUUAGAAAGUAAAGAAGACGUCUUUUUUUCACACUGCAUUUAAGUAUUUGGUUUUAACUGUCACUAUGUUGGAAUAAGGGGUGAUUUGUUGAAUAGAUUUUUUUUUACGUUAUUUAAAUUGAAUCUAGCACCAUUUAUAUAAGAAUGAUGAUGGUUUUAAAGACAUUAAAUGGUGAUGCCUCGCUCCUCGGCAGGUGUGUAACUGUGGUAUUACUGUGUUUUGAAAAGAAGAAAAUCCCAUCAAUCAGCGUCCAUUAUGCAAAGAGCGGCUCCAUCUCACAGCAGACUGGGGCAGGUGGGGAUUGCCUCCCUCCUCUCCCUCUUUGCACCGCUGGAGCCUCUUCCACCCCCCCAGUGACCUGAGACCUUUCUGUUUGGGUCACAUGUCUCAGUUGACAACUGAAUGAGUUGCAUCAUAAUUUGCAUAUGCUCAUGAAUUUUGAAAAAGCUAAAAGAAGCAGCUGGGGUGCAGGCAAGCUUUCUGUUAGCUGAAACUGAGGCCCUCUGAGUUUCUUUUGUUUUUAAGCAACUAGAAAAUAAACUAAUGAAGAGAAAAAGACCUGAUGAAGAAAAGC